ACGCUCGUCGUCGUCGUGGUCGUGGGAUCGCCGUCAUCGCAGUCGUACCUCAGUCCCACAGUGUCUGUCUAUUAUAAACUACAAACUACCCACAAUCCCUCAUUCCUACAUUGUGUCUUUAGAGAAGAUUGACAAGGCGCCAUUAAUGCUCCUGUAUUCUACACAAAAAACACAACAAAUAUCUCGCUUCGUCUCGCCUGCUUUUAGUUUCCAACCCAAAAAUACUUGGCAAAGGGUUUUUGAGAUGUCGGACCCAAAUGACCAACUUCAUCCGAACAUACCACCACCACCUCCUCCACCACAAUAUAUGAACACAGCGGUAGCUGCCGUUACUGCUGCUGGUCUUGUAGGCCCUCCACCACCAGCUGCCAUCGUUGGCACCGUGGGCACUUUCAACAACUAUCGUCCUGCGGUCGCAGUCAAUUCGGUCGCUGUGAACGCUGUCGGUGUGGUCAGUGGUGUCGGCGGUGCGGUCAUCGCAACAGGUGGCUACAGGACCGACUACAAUGACGCCUACCGGGGCGACUACGGCGCUGCCACCAGCUGCCCGCCGCCUGUCAUCCCUGUCGGCCUCGUGGCGGGCAGCAACAACCUCGUCACCGCCGCCGCCAGCACUGCCAUCACCGCGCCGACGUCGGGGAACACCGUCAGUCCUCCGCCGCCGCCGCCACCUGCUGUCGCCAACCCUGCCACCACCACUAGCACGAGUGGCAACAGUAACGCUGGUUACGACACCGGCUACUGCGAGAGUGACUACCGAGACGACUAUAACUACGAGGACAGACAUGGCUACCGAAAGGACUCGGAGUUCCGGGAUAGAGACAGGGACAGAUCUCAUCAGCCUGACAGGAGGGUGCAUGACAGACGCAGAGGUCGGGUGGUAGACCGAUCUCGGCGCGACCGGGAUCGUGACAGGGACCGUGAUCGAGACCGAGGCUUCGACCGAGAUCGAGACCGGAGCAGAAGUCGUGAUGGACGAGAUAGAAAGGACCGACCCUCUCGGGAACGAGGGGACCGAUACGAAGAAGGCUUUGAUUGUGAUAGUUCUAGUCGUGAUAGCGGGGAAAGUUUCAGGGACCAGGACAGCGGCCGAGAAGGUCGAGAGGACCGAGCUGGUGAGCGAUGGAUGACCGACACACCUACACACACCAUUCUUCUAAGAGGACUUCCAAACCAGAUUGACGAAAAGGAUAUAUUGACGGAACUAAUGAUAAUUGGACUCAGUGUCAAAGACGUUCGAUUAAUGAGGAAAAGUUCCGGUGCAUCCCGUGGGUUUGCUUUUGUGGAGUUUCAGAACGUAGCAGAUGCCCAGCGCUGGAUGGAACAGAAUCAGGGGUCGCUCUACCUGCAGGACCAGUUCCAUGUCACUAUGCACUACAGUCAGCCCAAAAUGGGGCCUGAGAAGGUACAGAAGUGUGACUGGGUUUGUACGAAGUGUGGAGCUCACAAUUUCAAACGAAGAGAUUUCUGUUUCCAAUGCAGUGUGUCACGAGAAGAAUCAGAACGAGCCAAAGAAGGAGAUGGAUUUGACCAAGUUGGAACAAACCCUUGCAAUACUUUGAUAUUCCGUGGUCUGGACGCCCUGACCACUGAAGAGACGUUGUCGCAAGCGCUGAGCCAGCAGAUGUCGCUUACACUGAAGAACAUUAAGAUUAUCCGUGAUGAACUAACGAACACGUCACAGGGCUACGGCUUUGCCGAAAUGGGUUCCAUCCUCGAGUCUACACAAGUCUUGGAGCAUUUACGCCAGAUGAACCCACCUUUUGAAGUGGAGGGCAAACUAAUCUUGGUAGCAUUUGCCAAGAACACCUUUAGUACAGUAAUGGCAACACUCAACAGCCGACCUAACUCUUACACGGGAGGUCAAAUGGUGAGUAAGCAGCGUUCCUGGAACUACGAUCAACAACAUGGUGAUUAUUAUUAUAAUCCGUCUGGUUAUGAACAUUCAACAUUCUACGACCAAAAUAAUCCUCACUAUGGCCAAGGUCAAGGUUAUGACUCCAGUUACUACAACCAAAAUUACAGCCAUCAAGCCGAUUCCACCAAUGCUGCAGCCGCCGUGGCACAAGCUGCCAUUCAACAAGCCCAAGCUGCAAAACAGUACCAGAAACAUUAUCAGAAACAGGUGCAAGAACAACAGAAAUUGGCUGAAAUGUCUCCCGAGCAGCGUUUGGCCCAUCUGGCUCAGAAUUGGUCACAACAAAAAAAUCUUUCUCCAUCUUCACAGUCUUCCCAGGCGCUAUCAGCAGCCGGAACCGCAGCCACGGCAGCCGCCGUAACAGUUGGCGCACCCACCACCGUCGACGUGAAUGCAGAUGGCAGCACAAUCACUGAUAGUUCUACGCAUAAAGGCUCGCCAACCGUUUCCAAACUGCCUGUUCUACAGAGUUCACAACCUGCCUUUCAGACGCCAACAGGAAUGCCAGUCAAUGACGAGUACCCCAAAUAUCCAUCACCUGAUGUUUGUACCUAUCAGUAUGACGACAGCUCUGGAUAUUACUACGAUCCUUCCACUGGACUCUAUUACGAUGCCAACUCUCAAUAUUAUUACAAUGCUUCCACGUGCCAAUUUUUGUACUGGGAUGCUGAGAAAUCCACUUAUCUACCUGCUCCAACUGGGGCUGGAGGUCAGCAAUGUGAUGACAAAGAUGGAGACAACAGAGGCAAAAAGAAGGAAGACAAGAAAGAAAAAGUGAAGAUUGCCAAAAAAAUUGCAAAGGAUAUGGAAAAAUGGGCGAAAACAUUGAACGCUCAAAAGGAGGCUAUCAAAGAAGGUUUUAAGAAGACAAGUGUAAAUAUCAUAGGCCCCAUUGCUCCUAUGAAACGGGUGAUUGAAGAACGUGAGUCUGCAACUGCUGACGCUGGCUAUGCAAUCCUUGAGAAAACGAGUAGCGGCAGAGGUCUAGAAGACAAACGGUUAAUGCCCCCACCUUGUCCAAUGACGCCUACUGAAAAAGCAGCCGCGGCAGCUGCAGCAGCUGCCGCCGCUACUGAGGCAGUAGCAGCCAACAAUCCGGCCCUUGUGGCCUCAUAUGGAGGUGACAGUGAUUCUGAGGACGAAUCAUUUGAGACAACGCCAGCCCCUGGCAAUACCCAACGAACCGGUGUCCUUGAUGAGGCCAAGCUGACUGACUGGAACAAACUCGCCUGUUUGCUGUGCAAACGACAGUUUCCCAGCAAAGAGGCCCUCACAAGACACACGCAGCUCUCUGAUUUACACAAGCAAAAUCUUGAAGUGAUGAGGAAAAAAUAUAGCUCUGGUGCAGCUGAUGGGGAUAAAAAAGGACCGUACCGUGACCGUGCUAAAGAGAGAAGGGAGAAAUAUGGAGCGCCAUCCCCACCUGAGCCAAGGCGCAAGUUUGAGGCGCCUCUUGUCUACGAGGAACCAACCAAGCAAGGUAUCGGAAUUGAUAACAUUGGAAACAAACUGCUACAGAAGAUGGGGUGGAGUGAGGGACAAGGUCUGGGUAAAAAAGGUCAAGGGAUUGUUGCACCUAUCCAGGCCCAACGGAGAUUAGCGAGUGCGGGACUCGGUGCUCGGGGAGCAAACAUUGUCUGUGAUGUCAGCGACUCUUACAAAACGGCAGUGAAGAAAUCCAUGUUUGCACGUUACCAUGAACUCGAAUGAACUCAACAACACUCAUUCAAUGUCUGUCCGCCAUGUCAUGUUCUCUCUCUCUCUCUUUUUCUCUCUUCCUUGUACAUAGUUUGCUGCUAUAUAUUCUUCACCACCAACAAUUAUUUGUUCACCACCACCACCACAAACUUUUUUUUUUUUGGUCCUUUUGCUCUCGCCCUCUCCCUCUGCGUCCCAAGCUCUCACUCACUCACUCUCAGAUCUGUUGUUCCAGAUAUUGG